AUGACAACCGACAUCCAGGUCUAUCUCGACCUGAUUCCCAAAGCGGUGCUGGACACGGCCAAGGCGCUCAAGACCUACCCGAAGCUCGAAGGGAUCUUACAGCAGUAUGCAUCGUCCCGGCAGGGUGGAGAAGAGAAGAGGGUAGAGCUGGAGAACAAGCUGCGUCCGGUAUUGACGGAUGCGGGCGUGGGCAAGAAAGGUGUGCUCGGAAUUGUGGAUGCGUGUCUGGCGGUGCAACCCUCUGCUGUCACUGCAAUCACCGAACCGCAGCAAACCGACGCACCAAUGACCACAAGCAAGACCAGCUCAGCAAAGAAACAAGCUGUAGAAGGUUCCAGCAAGGACACCAAGAAGAGCAAGAAAGCCGAGCGCACCACCAAAUCCGUCGACGAGCUCUCCAACGCCGUGCAAGCCAAUCUGUACGUCGACAACCCGGACCCGAAAGUGCGCCUCAUCACGGCGCUCUCGCAAGAAUCGCGCUUCCACCUCGACUGCACCGACACCUCCUCGCUCGACAUCGACCUCAAGUCUGUCUCGGUCACCUUGGCCGGACGCGAUCUCCUCUCGGAUGCGCAUCUGCGGCUCAAACCUCACACGCACUACGGCCUCGUCGGCCGAAACGGUUCGGGUAAGUCGACGUUGCUCACUGCGAUCGGGGAGAAGCUGAUUCCGGGACUGCCACGGACAGUGAAGGUGCUGUUUGUGAGUCAGCUGACCAACGCACGCGCGGCCGAGGAGGAUCCCGAGGCGAGCGUGUUGAGUGUGGUGGUGCGCAGCGAUGCGGAGCGCAGUCGUGCGGUGAAGGAGAGUCAGGCCUUGAGUCAAGUGCUGGAGGAAGGCCAGGAGAACGAGGAGCUGGUGAGGGAUGCCGUGUUACAGAUGCGGUUGGAACGGAAGACAGAGCUACUGAGGGAGGCUAGGAAGGUCGCGGUCAAGUGGUCGGGUGCUCGAGGGUAUGGUGCACGCAAAGACCUCCUUGUCGCCGAGAAGGAGUUUGAUGCUGCGCAGGAUGCCGUCCACCACCCGCCGCCGGUCUCUGCAGAAGCAUGGUCGACGGUUGCAGCCAAGAUGCUGCUCGAAGCGCAGAUGCUCCUGGAACAAGUCGACGCAAUCACCACGGAAGCUCGCGCUGAAAAGAUCCUCCACGGCCUCGGAUUCUCUGCCGAGCGCAUCCACGGCCCCUACUCCGCCCUGUCCGGCGGCUGGAAGAGUCGCGCCUGCCUCGCAUCGGCUUUGCUUCAACCCACCGCACACCUGCUGCUCCUGGACGAGCCAGUCAACUACCUCGACCUCCCUGCGGUCCUCUUCGUGCAGAACCUUAUCGCCUCCAUCCCGCACACGGUCGUCACCGUCUCGCACGACCGCGAGUUCCUCGACGCCGUCUCAGACUCGCUCAUCAUCCUCCGUCGCCACAAACUCUCGUACUUUGACGGAGGAAACCUGACCUCGUACGAACGUACGCGUGCGCGGGAACGGCUGCACCGACACCGCCAGCAAGCCGCGCUGGACAAGAAAAAGGCCGCCGUGCAGAAGACGAUUGCCAACGCCGCUCAGGCUGCGAAAAAAUCAGGCGACGACAACAAGUUGCGAAUGGUAAAGUCGCGGCAGAGGAAGCUCGACGAGCGGUGGGGGCUUGAGGUCAAUGCCAAGGGUCAUAAGUUUAAGCUGAACCGCGAUAUGGGGGGAUAUCACCUGACGUCGAGGGUUGGGGUCGAGGUGGAGGAGCUGGAUGAGAGGGUGAGGUUUUCGUUUGCCGAUCCGGAGCCGCUGCGCUUCCCAGGAAGCCUGGUGCAUCUGGAAGGCGUCAGCGUAAGGUACCCCGGCAAUGCGAGGGACACGAUCAGCGAUGUGGGGCUCACCAUCGGCCCAGGUGAACGAGUUGGUAUCGUCGGACCCAACGGCCACGGCAAAACCACCCUGCUCAACUGCAUCGUCUCCAACCUUUCGCCCACCAAAGGCACCGUUGAAAAGCACCCUCGCGCCACCAUCGGCAUCUACGCCCAACACACGCUCGAGCUGCUCUCCGCCCAACCCACCACCGCGCUCGCCCAUUUCACGCAACGCUUCCCCGACGCAUCCGACGCCCACGCACGCUCCUUCCUCGGCCAGCUCGGCCUCAAGGGCCGAACCGCAGACACAAUCCCCCUGACAGGCCUCAGCGGCGGACAGCUCGUCCGCCUCGGCCUCGCCGAAGUCAUGUGGCCCAGCCCAGACCUCGUCGUGCUCGACGAGGUAACAACACAUCUGGACAGCGAUACAAUCGAUGCCCUCGUCGACGCCCUCCAGGCCUACACGGGCGCAGUGCUCCUCGUCAGCCACGACAGGUAUGCGGUAAAGAGGAUCAUCCAACGAGAACCCAACCCAGCCGCUGAUGACGAUAACGACGACGACGACGACCAAGACACAGACCCAGACCCAGACGACGGUAGCGAUUUGAAGACGCAAGCAAAGGAGCCGGGACGGGUCUACUUGUUGCAGAACAGCAUGCUACAGCGAUUGCAGGGCGGCAUGGAUCAGUACACCAACUCGGUCCUCAAACGCUUGGAAGCUUCGUGA